AUGGUUUCGAACUACGAGAGCGCUGUAACUAACGUGACACUUAUUACGGGUUCCGUCAUACUUGUUUCUUCACUAGUGCUAUAUCAUUUUUUAUAUCGACGUAGUGGUAUCCACUGUAAACUCUAUUCGCUUUUUGGUAUUACGAGAAAGAAAUUAAUAACUCUUGUGGAUUCGGAAGCAACAUAUCCUCUAGCUUUAAUGCAAAAAGAAAUUGUUAACCACGAUACGCGAAGAUUUCGUUUCAAGCUACCCACUAAUGAGCACGUUCUUGGCUUGCCUGUUGGCCAACACAUCCACCUUUCUGCAAAGAUAAACGAAAAGCUUGUUGUUCGUCCAUAUACUCCAAUUUCAUCCGAUGAUGACAAAGGAUAUGUCGAUUUGAUGGUCAAGAUUUAUUUUAAUAACGUUCAUCCCAAGUUUCCGGAUGGUGGAAAGAUGACACAGUAUCUUGAGAAAAUGAAGAUAGGUGAAACAAUUAAUUUUCGCGGUCCCUCGGGAUUAAUUGUUUAUGAAGGGAAUGGAUCCUUUGCUGUGAAGUCAACGAAAAAAGCAGAACCGAAAAGUCAUGUGUACAAAAAUAUUGGUAUGAUUGCUGGCGGCAGCGGUAUCACGCCAAUGUUGCAAAUUAUCUCAGCAAUUAUGAAAGAUCCGGAUGAUUGUACCAAGGUUUCAUUGAUUUUUGCUAACAAAGAUGAAUCCGAUAUAUUGCUUAGAGAUGAGUUAGAUAGGUUAGCUGCGGAGCAUUCAGAGAAGUUCCGUGUGUGGUACACCAUCGAUCAGGCAAAACCUGGCUGGAUAUACUCGACAGGAUUUGUGAACGCAGAAAUGAUUCAAAAGCAUUUGCCGGAACCUGGAAGUGGCACGGUAAUUUUGAUGUGCGGCCCACCGCCAAUGAUCAAGUUUGCCUGUACACCAAGCCUCGAUAAGUUAGGUUAUUCGGAGAGUGACCGUUUAAUUUUUUAA